AUGAGAAAGAGAGGAACAGGACGCAUACAUCCAUCCUGUUCCGUUCUGUUUAUCUUUCGUUCUGCGUCUCAGCAUCUCUGAUCUGUGAACAGCAUUAGCUGAUCAGUUUUUUGUCGCUUGCACUACGCUGCAGACGCAGAAAGAAAUCGAACUGCGCAGGUAUUGAAAUAUCUAAUUAUUUCAUUUUUGCGUAAUUCAAAAGUGCAGUGACAAUUAGUGUGUGUGACCAUUACCAUGGAAGUACCAAACAAGGGCACAGAUAAACGAAAUAAGAGCUAUUUGAAGAGUACCACAAGAAAGGACAAGCUGAAUGUAUUUACAAGGCGUUUGUCCAGAAAUAAGAAACGUCGAGAAAGGCAACAGUUAAAAAAGGCAGCAUGUCUCACGGUAAGUGAAGGUACCGCAGCGGAAGCAGGUACCUGUGCAGGUACCUCCGAAAGAACAAUCCCAAGUACAUCUGCUGCGGAUGAUUUUCUUACGGACAGAUUAUAUGAAGAAAACAUAGAAAAUAUAGAAAAUGUUGAAGAAAUGGAAACUAUCGAAGAAAUUGUACAAGAAGGAGAUUUCUAUACAGAAGAACAUGAAUUGAAUACCACCGAUGAAGACGAAUAAAUAAAUUGGGUGGUAGAGAAAGCCGAACCACAACAGCCAAAAGAACCAAUUUCUGAAGGAAUAGAUUUUGCUGAUUUUGCAUAUGUAUUCGAAGAAAUAAAAAAUCUUGCAAAACAUUCACCUAUUGGCUGUGGCAUUGAACAUUUCGAAAUAAUUGGAUGUCAACAAUAUGGCUUAGAAAAAACGUAUAAUGUACAGUGCCGAAUGUGCAAUUACGUAGGACACAUUCCGUGUCUUCGAAAGAAUGAUGGCAUUAUGGAUAUUAACCAUGCCGCUGUUUCUGCAACAAUGGUUACGGGAGGCGGAUAUAAUCAACUGGAGGAAUUACUCUCUGGUGUGAACAUGUCUUGCAUGACAAAAAGGAUGUAUGAGAAAUGU